AUGGCUGCUCCCGUCCAGAUACGGACGCCUGAAGAGGCCGUCGCGAGGAUCGCCUAUCUUUCCAGCGAUGUUGUCGUCUCGGUCCAGCCGUCGCUGGCAGUCGACUCCGAGUUCUCGGGCCAUCUGAAGAGAUACGCCGGACGCAACGAGCACAGUCUGGUCGCAAAGAGCGCAGAUGCUAUUCCUGAGGUCCAAUCCGUCAGGUACAACACCGACCCAUUGCUCUCCGUCUUCACCCCCAUACGUUCAGGCAAGCUGGUCUCCGUCACAACCAGCUCUGUCAUCCUCCUACCCUCAGUAGGACACCUCUACAAGCUCGCCAACUACCCCGUAGUUAUCCACGUUGCCCUACAGCCCGCCAGCUUCCCAGAUUACUCCGCCAUCACCUCGAUCAGGAAUUCAGGAUGGACCUUCCUCCAGUCAGAGUCUGUUCAGGAGGCCCAGGACAUGGCCAUCACGGCCCAUGCUCUUGCUAUCCGCUCUGGCAAGGGUGUCAUCCACUUCUUCAGCCCUGCCGCAUGCGCCAGUGACGAGGCAAUUGGUGCCGAGGACCCUGCGGCGCUUCGUGAGCUGCUGAACCUCGACAAUGUUCGCCGAUUCCAAGCUGCUUCUGUUGCUGGCUCUGGCAUAUAUGCGGAUGAUGGCAGAGUGGCAGUGGCUUCAGAACAGCCUGAGCUCCUAGCCAAUGGUACUUCACCCCAGUCGCCAAAGGUCAACGGAUUCCACGCCGCCGAGAUCGCUUCCUCGACAGUCAAGUCCGCCUCCUCACAAGCAUCUGAGAAGUCCAAUGCGCCCAGCAUCUCCAGCACUCCUCCCAGUGUCUCCUCAGCAACGACAAUCGAGCCCAACCCGCCGGUCGUCACCUCGGAGCACAUCUACAACUACGUCACAGGUAUCUGGGCUCAGCUCGAGAAGCUUGUCGGACGCAAGUACAACCCCUUUGAGUACUCUGGCUCUUCGAAUGCCGAAUCGUGCCUGUUCAUCUUUGGUGCCGAUGCUGGCCUGUUUGCCAGCGCCAUUGACAAUGCGCCAUCCGGAGAGGAUUUUGCCAAUGCUGCCAUCAUCACCCCUCGACUAUAUAGGCCGUGGCUCGGAUCCAAGCUGAUCGAUGCUCUGCCGAAAUCAGUGAAGCGGGUUGCUGUGUUGGAGCAGAUUCAAAGAAAGACAACCAAAUGGGGUCCCCUCUUGCUUGAUGUGCUUACCACGAUCAAGAGCGCCGUUGGUGGUGUUGAGACGAUUGUGGGCUACCAACUAGGCUACAUCACCGAGAAGACGAUCACCCAAGCCCUCCGCGGCAUAUACCAGAAUCUUACCUCAGAUAAGCCCAUCCAGAACUUGGAGGUUGGAUCGAGGGAUGGUCCCGAGGACACGGCAAAGUACAGCCUCGAGAAGCCUAAGCUGGAGACUGCAUAUUCGAAAAUCCUCGACCAGCUCUUCGGUGAGCGUGUCUACAUCGCCAACGCUCUAGAGUCCGAGAACGCAGGUAUUUCGACCACGGUCUCAGCGACCCCCGAGUUCGGCUUCGGUUCUCUCCUGGCCCGCAAGGAGCGCAGAAAAACCUUCAUUGCUGAGGCGAAGAAGCUCGCUCAGGCUGGAACAUUCAUGACUGAGACGCCGAAACGCUCUCUUGCUCAGUGGUCCUCGCAUGCUGACGACUCCAAGAAGGUCGAUGCUCUCGCUGAAGACGUGAUCCGUGUGUUGAACAUUGAUUUUGGAAGCACUGCGAAAAGGCUACUUGCCAACAAGGGCUUCUUCCGCAAGCAGUCUCUGUGGCUUGUUGGCUCCGAUGCCUGGUCCUACGAUCUCGGAAACUCUGGUAUUCACCAUGUGCUUGCGUCAGGCGAGAAUGUCAACAUGCUCAUCAUCGACUCAACACCCUACUCCGAGCGCGCCGCUGCCGAUGCGAAUAGGAGGAAGAAGGACAUUGGUCUGUACGCCAUGAACUACGGAAAUGCCUAUGUUGCUUCUACCGCUGUCUACAGCUCUUACACUCAGGUUCUGCAGGCUAUGGAUGAAGCUGAUAAGUUCAACGGUCCUUCCAUUGUCCUCGCUUACCUACCCUACUUCGGCGAGACCGACUCACCUUUGACUGUCUUGCAGGAGACCAAGAAGGCUGUCGAUAUUGGUUACUGGCCACUUUACAGGUGGAACCCUGACAACGAGAAGAAUGGCGAGCCAAACUUCUCUCUGGACUCGGAGAGGAUCAAGAAGGAGCUGAAGGAGUUCCUCGAUAGGGAUAACCAGUUGACUCAGCUCAUGAGGAGAGAGCCUGUCUUCGCUCCGGUUCUGUCGGAGGACUAUGGUACUGAGAUCCGCGCUCAGCAGAAGAGGAAGGCCAAAGAUGCGUACAACGAGCUCCUUGAGGGCCUCUUCGGUGCUCCUCUUACCAUUCUCUAUGCCUCUGACAACGGCAAUGCCACUUCCGUGGCCAAGCGUCUUGGAAACAGGGGUAAGGCGAGAGGUCUGAAGACCACUGUGCUGGCUAUGGAGGACUACCCCGUUGAGGACCUGCCGACCGAGGAGAAUAUUGUGUUCAUUACCUCGACCGCUGGUCAGGGAGAGUUCCCGCAAAAUGGUCGCCCGCUCUGGGAUGCGAUCAAGGACAACACCGAGCUCGACCUUGCUUCAGUCAACUUCUCCGUCUUUUCUCUCGGUGACAGCCAUUACUGGCCAAGAAAGGAGGACAAGAUUUACUACAACAAGCCUGGCAAGGAUCUCGACAAGAAGCUUGCUGACUUUGGUGGUAAGAGGCUGGCAGAAGUUGGACUGGGUGACGAUCAGGAUCCCGAUGGAUACCAAACUGGAUAUGCGGACUGGGAGCCGAAGAUCUGGCAAGCACUCGGUGUCGCAAAUGUCGAGGGUCUUCCGGAUGAGCCGCCACCGAUCACCAACGAAGACAUCAAGUUGGCUUCAAACUACCUCCGUGGUACCAUUGCAGAAGCGUUGAAGGAUACCAGCACGGGCGCCAUCCCUGCCUCGGAUCAACAGCUCACUAAGUUCCACGGUACCUACAUGCAGGAUGACAGAGAUGUCAGAGACGAAAGAAAGGCACAAGGCUUGGAGCCCGCUUACUCCUUCAUGAUCCGGUGUAGGUUACCAGGCGGUGUUUCGACACCCAAGCAGUGGAUCCAGAUGGACGACAUCAGCACAACCCUCGGAAACGAGACCAUGAAGUUGACGACGAGACAAACCUUCCAAUUCCACGGCAUCAUCAAGAGCAAGCUUAAGCCCGCUAUGCAAGCGAUCAACCGCGCACUUAUGGAUACCCUUGCCGCCUGUGGUGACGUGAACCGUAACGUCAUGUGCAGCCCUCUGCCCACCAGGUCGAAGCUGCACCGUGAGGUUCACGCUGCUUCCAAGAAGAUCAGCGAGCACCUUCUGCCGUCCACAUCCGCUUACCAUGACAUUUGGCUGACGGACGAUGACGACAACAAGACUCAUGUUGCUGGCAACGCCGUCCAAGACUUUGAGCCCCUCUACGGACCUACUUACCUGCCCAGAAAGUUUAAGAUUACCAUUGCCGUACCGCCGCACAAUGACACGGAUGUGUACGCUCACGAUAUUGGUCUGAUUGCCAUCAAGAACGAAGACGGAAGCUUGUCUGGUUUCAACGUCACCGCCGGUGGUGGUAUGGGUACUACUCACAAUAAUAAGAAGACCUACCCCCAGACUGGUCGCAUGAUGGGCUUCGUGAACAAGAACGACGUGCACAUUGCCUGCGAGAAGAUCAUGCUUGUGCAGCGUGACAAUGGUGACCGUACGAACCGUAAACACGCUCGUCUCAAGUACACUAUCGACGACAUGGGCGUUGACGUCUUCCGCUCCAAGGUGGAGGAGCUCUGGGGCAAGAAGUUUGAGCAGCCUAAGGCGUUCCAGUUCGAGUCAAACGUCGACACAUUUGGCUGGCAACGUGAUGAGGUUGGCAUGAACCACUUCACCUUGUUCAUUGAGAACGGCCGUAUCGAGGAUACUCCUUCCUUCCAGAUGAAGACUGGCCUGAGGGAGAUUGCCAAGGUCCACAAGGGCGAGUUCAGGCUGACGCCGAACCAGCACUUGAUUCUCAGCAAUGUCGCUGACGAGGACGUUGAUUCUAUGAAGGCCAUGCUGAAGAAGUAUAAGCUCGACAACAUCCAGUUCAGCGGUCUCCGCCUCAGCUCUUCAGCCUGUGUCGCCUUCCCUACCUGCGGUCUGGCCAUGGCCGAGAGUGAGCGUUACCUACCUGUGCUCAUCUCCAAGCUUGAGGGCUGCCUCGAGGAGAACGGUCUGAAGCAGGAUUCCAUCGUCAUGAGAAUGACGGGCUGCCCCAACGGCUGCGCGAGACCGUGGUUGGCGGAGGUUGCGUUCGUCGGUAAGGCGUUCGGUGCCUACAACAUGUACCUCGGUGGAGGAUACCACGGUCAGCGCCUGAAUAAAUUGUACCGGUCUAGCAUUAAGGAGGACGAGAUCCUAGCUAUCAUGAAGCCGCUACUGAAGCAGUAUGCUCUUGAGAGGCAGGAGGGCGAGAGGUUCGGUGACUUCUGCAUCCGUACUGGUUAUAUCAAGGCCACGAGGGAGGGCCGUGACUUCCACGAUGAUGUCGCUGAAGAGGAGUCUGAGGAGGAGUAA